AUGGCUUCUCGUUUACACCUGUUGCGCUUGCCGGAGCAACAAUUACUGACAACUUCACGGAACACACAUAGGCCAUUAUGUUCAUUUUUUGGGGCUUCGAGAGCCUUGUCGUCCGUUGCGUUAAGGGGACGCUACAACCCAUCCAUUGUUGCUAAGACUUCAGCGCGAGUCUCCGAGCUGGCAGGAACACAUGGAAACUUCCAAGGAGCCAUUCUCCUUGGGUUUGGUCAAAACCGUCAUUAUGCCGAUACCAUUGUCAAGGUUCCGGAAAUGGCGGAGUCAAUCACAGAAGGCACUCUGAAGCAGUUCUCCAAACAGGUUGGCGAUUUUGUUGAGCGCGAUGAGGAAAUAGCGACAAUUGAAACCGACAAGAUCGAUGUGUCGGUGAAUGCCCCGGAUUCUGGCACCAUCAAGGAGUUCCUCGUCAAAGAGGAGGAUACUGUAACUGUUGGACAAGACAUCAUCAAACUGGAGCUGGGCUCCGCAGACGGCAAGAAGGCAGGAGAACCAUCCAAGGAGCCACCCUCCUUUGAGACGACACCGUCAUCGAAACCAGAGCAACAAAAGACCCAGGCAGAGGUUGCUCAGCCACCUUCGAAGGAGGAGCCUCCUAGUCCGCCUAAGCCAGAGCCUGUUCCUCAAAAGCAGGCCCGGCCUCAGCCAUCCAAAGAGCCCCAGCCUCAGCCUGGCGGCCAAACCACUCUUGGAAAUCGCGAGGAGCGUAGGGUGAAAAUGAACCGAAUGCGACUGCGGAUAGCGGAGCGUCUCAAACAGUCCCAGAACACUGCGGCAUCUCUCACUACGUUCAAUGAGGUGGAUAUGUCAUCUCUCAUGGAGUUCCGCAAGCUGUAUAAAGACGAUGUCUUGAAAAAGACAGGUGUGAAAUUAGGAUUCAUGAGCGCCUUCUCCCGUGCCUGUGUUCUGGCUAUGAAAGAGGUCCCUGCUGUCAACGCCUCGAUUGAAGGACCAAAUGGUGGAGAUACUAUUGUGUAUAGAGAUUACGUGGAUAUCAGUGUCGCUGUUGCUACGGAAAAGGGCCUCGUUACUCCCGUAGUCCGAAACGCGGAAACAAUGGAUCUGGUGGGCAUUGAGAAGGCAAUUGCCGAUCUUGGAAAGAAGGCUCGUGACAACAAAUUGACCAUUGAAGAUAUGGCUGGUGGCACAUUCACCAUUAGUAAUGGUGGAGUCUUUGGUUCUCUCAUGGGUACUCCGAUCAUCAACCUGCCACAAACUGCUGUGCUCGGACUUCAUGCCAUCAAAGAUCGGCCAGUGGCUGUCAAUGGAAAAAUUGAAAUUCGACCGAUGAUGUACCUUGCUCUGACGUAUGACCACCGUCUCCUUGAUGGCCGAGAGGCGGUUACUUUCCUUGUGAAGGUCAAAGAAUUUAUUGAAGACCCGCGGCGGAUGUUGUUAGGCUAG